AUGAAUCUCGCUCAACAGAAGCUCUCUCAUCCGCAAUCUUCUCAACAGCAACCGCUCUUGCUUUCCACUUCUCAUGGCGUCCUUGGUGGGUCCAGCGUACAUACUCCGACUGACCUAACGCUUACGGGGCAAUCCUUGCCCCCUAAUACGACACCGCACGUUGCACGCCAGCUCACCUAUGCCCAGAUUUCCCGACAGUCUUCAUCACCGCAUCACCAUGCGCGUACAGCAGCAGCUAUGGCUCGUAAUGCUCCUGUAGCCUCCACCGUCACCAUUACGGACCCCAACAAUCCCGCCAACAAGAUUGUGAAUGGGGUGCGCGGAUGUAAGAAGAAGGAAGAAACUGAGGCGCAAACAUGGACGACUCUAGAUAUUGGUGGCAUGGGGCUGAAGAAUUUAUCGCCGGCUUUGUGUUCAUACACUUUUCUAACCGUCAUUUACAUGAAUCACAAUAAUUUGACGUAUUUGGCACCCUCGAUUGCCAAAUUGGAAAAUCUCAAAGUGCUGGACGCGUCUGGUAACAAGUUGAUGUCCUUACCCCCAGAGAUCGGUCUCCUUGUCAAUCUCAAGGAAUUAUUGCUGUUUGAUAAUCAUCUCACCACUUUGCCAAGUGAAAUGGGAACCUUGUAUCAACUGGAAACCUUGGGUUUGGAAGGCAAUCCCAUGCAAGCCGACAUCAAGAACUUGUUGCUCAAGGAAGGAACACAGGCCGUCAUUAUGUCGCUUAGAGAAAGUGCCCCAGUGGGUAUGCCUCCCCCUCACAGAGAGUGGAUUACCAUUGAAGGCAUUGAUGCAGCAGAUGAAGAGAAACAAGACAAAUUCACGGUUCUGUGCUACAAUAUCCUUUGUCAGAAAUAUGCUACCAGUCAAGCUUAUGGUUACACGCCUUCGUGGGCUUUGAAUUGGGAUUAUCGCCAGGAAUUGCUGAUUGCUGAACUCCAGGGUUGGAAUGCGGAUAUCUUUUGCUUGCAGGAAGUUGAAAUGGGCCGCUUUGAAGACACCUUGCAACAUCACUUUAAAGAGGAGGGCGAUUAUGACAGCAUAUUCUAUCCUAAAUCAAGAGCCAAAACCAUGUCAGAAAAGGAACGUCGUGUCGUGGAUGGUUGCGCCACCUUUUACCGAGCUUCCAAAUUCAAUAUCAUUGAGCACUACUUGUUGGAAUACAAUCAGAAAGCGUUACAACGACCGGAUUUCAAAAAGACCGAAGAUAUCUAUAACCGAGUCAUGAACAAGGAUAAUAUUGCAAUUCUGACGAUGCUGGAAAACAAGCAAACCCUGGAGCGUGUGUUGGUGGCCAAUUCUCAUGUCCAUUGGGAUCCUUCGUUUGCCGAUGUGAAGCUGGUCCAAGUAGGCAUGCUGAUGGAUGAGAUUGAAAAGUUUGCCAUGAAGCAUCUGUCACCGCCAGCAUCUUCUCCCAACGGCCGAGUAUAUGCAUCUCCCGCCGCAUUACCUACCGUGGUGUGUGGUGAUUUCAACUCUGUACCAGAAUCAGGCGUGUAUGAAUUUUUAUCCAAGAGUGCAGUAGAGCAGGGGCAUUGCGAUUUCGGGGAUCACAUCUAUGGCAAUUACACAUCCGAAGGAUUGUCGCACCCACUGUCGCUGAAAAGUGCAUAUAGCCACAUUGGAGAGCUGCCUUUUACAAAUUAUACACCUGGUUACAAAGGCGUACUGGAUUAUAUUUGGUAUACCAACAAUACCUUGGACGUCCUGUCUCUGCUUGGACCUAUUGAGGAGAGCUACCUAACAAGAGUGGUUGGAUUCCCCAAUCCUCACUUCCCGUCAGAUCACAUCCCCAUCAUGACCGAAUUACGCUUUAGACCAUCACAACGAGAAGCAGAAGAAGCAGACUUUGGCUUCUCCUCACGGCGUUACAAUAACAACAAUAAUAGAUCCAAAGGGAAUGAAAGCAUAGGUAGACCAAAAUAA